UCUGAUCUCGCGGGGAGUCAGCGCGUCUCAGUCCGUUUUCCAGCAGAAUUCUGUGUUUUCGGAGAUUCGCGAUGGCUCUGACUCAGGUGUCGUCCAACAGAUGUGCCGGCGGCUUCCAGAAGGUUUUUGAGCACGACAGCUCUGAGCUCAAGUGUAAGAUGAAGUUUGCCAUUUAUCUGCCGCCAAAGGCCGAGACCGACAAGUGUCCCGUCUUCUACUGGCUCUCUGGUCUCACGUGUACGGAGCAGAAUUUCAUCACUAAAGCAGGAAGUCAGCUCGCCGCUGCAGAACACGGCAUCAUUGUCGUCGCUCCUGACACCAGCCCACGAGGUUGCAACAUUGAGGGUGAAGAUGAAAGCUGGGAUUUUGGCACCGGCGCCGGCUUCUACGUCGACGCCACCGAGGAUCCGUGGAAAACCAACUACCGCAUGUACUCCUAUGUGACAGAGGAGCUUCCAAAACUGAUCAACACAAACUUCCCUGCUGACCCCGACAGGAAGUCCAUCAGCGGUCACUCCAUGGGCGGACACGGGGCCCUGAUCUGUGCCCUGAAGAACCCUGGGAAAUACAAGGCCGUGUCGGCGUUCGCUCCCAUCUGUAACCCGCUGCAGUGUCCGUGGGGACAGAAGGCGUUCUCUGGAUAUCUGGGCUCUGAUAGGUCCACAUGGGAGGCGUACGACGCAACAGCGCUGGCGUCCUCGUACUCCGGUCCUCAGCUGGACGUCCUCAUCGAUCAGGGACGCGACGACCAGUUCCUGUCGGCCAGUCAGCUGCUGCCGGACAAUCUGAUCGCCGUCUGCUCCGAGAAGAAGAUCCCGGUCGUGUUCAGACUGCAGCCGGGCUACGAUCACAGCUACUUCUUCAUCUACUCGUUCAUGAACGACCACAUGAAGCAUCACGCCAAGUAUCUGAACGCGUGAGGGGCCGUUGACCUUUGACCCUCAGCUGCAGCAGGUUCUUCUGAACAUGAAGACUUUUCUUCAUGUUCACAAUUAAAGCUUUGAAUUUUCA